AUGGCUCAAAAGGCCCACAUCAAGGUAAAACCUGCGGGAAAGAAGCUAACUAUAAAGGAGAAUGUAAAUAGUAAAUUUGUGGAUUUUUGCAAGCGCACAGAUUUGCAUGGCUUUAAGUAUAUCGUCAUGGAAGAUUUGAGUAGAAUGGAAAGGAUUUGUUGGGCAUUAGCAGUCUGCAUCAGUAUUGGAUUUGCAAUAUAUUUUGUUAUAACCGCCUACAAGUGGUACGAUCGGAAUCCUAUAGUUACGGUUAUAGAAAGCACACAGGGUCCCAUAUGGGAAGUGCCAUUUCCAGCUGUUACUAUUUGCAGCUUAAAUUUCAUAUCGCUAGCGGCAGCGAAGAAAUGGUCCGAUAAUUUAUCGUUACCAGUCAACAAAACGAGGGCAUAUGUAUUUGAAACGAUUAAACUGGCACCGCUACUGUUUAUGCCUUCAACAGCAAGUAAUGAGCAAAUAGAUAAAUUACAGGCGCUGCAAGACAUUUUGGAUUACAACAGUAUAUCUGUAAAAUCGUUUUUUACAGAGGUUUUUAUAGAGAACGCAUACAAUCACCCGGAUUUAGACUCGUCGCUUCGAGUGAUCAAUCCUGCUGAAGAGGUUAUGAUAGCGAUCUCCCCAGAGUCAACUUACAGCACCCCGGGCAUAAGGACAUUUAACCCGAGCAAGCGGAAAUGUUAUUAUAAAGAUGAGGAGCCAGGCAGUUUGACAUUUUUGCAGUAG